GGCCUCUACGUAGUUUCCCCUCAUUCUUCCUAAAAAGCUUCCUCAGUUUUCAUCAAGCAAAGAUCUCGCAUUCUGACUCUCGCUUCCUCUGCCUGCUCUUUGUUUGUCUUUCGUUUACUGGUUUUGUGCUGAAGCUAUCAUCGACUCAAACCCAUCUACAGUGGCAGAUUGCUAUUCAAUAACCUAUCAAGAACCUACCUAGACAUCUCACCUGCGCAUUCACGAGUAAUUAAUCAACGAGCAGGAUCCCACUAAUAGAUCAACGCUUCCUCCUACGACUUCUACUACACAUCGGCCAUCCCCAGGUUUCCAACAAACUGCAUCUGGCUUCGCGAUAUUAGCUCGAUAUCCAAUCGAAUCCCCAGACUGGCUUAUACAACAACCUUCGAAAUCUCCAACUCCGUUCCGUCACCUUUUUAGUGACUCGACAACACGCGAGGCCCACUAUCGGCUGGACCCCUGUCCACCAAAAACGAGCACUAUUGAGAGUCUCAGCAGCAAGCCACUCCGGACGAUUCUUCCGAUCAGUUUCAACGUGGCACGGCUCAAUUCCCCUGAACUUCACGCCAGCCGACACUAGAAAUUUCUAAUUAAUAGUGACGUCAAGACAGUAAAGGUAAUCGCCCAGGCCCAACGCAAGCACUUACGAAGCACUGGACUUGUUCGAAGAUCCCUUCUCCGACGGAUACCCCAACAAAGUGAUAAAAAAAGAUCAAUCAAAGACGAAAGGGGAUAAGCCCUCAGGCACUGCCAAAGAAACAACAAGCAGACCAAAAAAGCGGCAGUCACUUUACGAAGAUCAGCCCCCAGCACGCCGAUCCCACAUCAUUAUCACGCAGCCACAGGCAUUAGCAUCAAAACGCACCCGGCGCCGCUUUAGCUCGCUUUUGAACACGGCCUGAUAAAGAAAACAGCGAUUCGCUUUCCCACAUCCCGGUCAAAUUUAUUGUACUGUUUCGCGGCCAGUGACAAGGGCAAGAACUCGGUGCCUCUCUAUACAACGCAUCGUUCUUUUGUGCUGUUGUCCAGUUGUUCAAAAUUAAAGUACCAGUCCAGGCCAAGACCACAGCGCCAACGAAUGAUCACAUCGUCCCGCGUACGAAGUCAGAGACCUGCAGCCACCGGCGACACAUCUCACUUCUCACCUCACUUUGGCGUGCAGAGUACGGUAUCAUCGCCUUGUCUCCUUAGCCACUCGUUCUUUAUAAAUCCUGUUGUACCUGGCUCUUCUCUUGCAGUACAGGCGCCCGCCCACGAGCCAUCCCCACCCCUUCCUUUCUACUGGGAUCUUUUCUGAUACGAUACGUACCCCCAAACUCCGACGCAACCGGGCCACACUAUUGCUCGGAAGCCCCAGCCUCUCAUCACAGCCUUCUACGCCAGCGACUCUUAAUAAAUCUCCACUCCCAAUAUAUUCAUCCCAGGAUCCACGACAAUUGCUGCUCUUCCUUGCUAGUAGCCGUUUGGUCUGGUUUCGGUCUUUUCUCCCCGACCGCGUUGCUCCUUGCAAUCUCCAGUUUCUUAUCCACAAUCCCCAUCGCAUCGGUCGAUUGCCUGCAACUCUCCACCCGCCUUAUCACGCUGAGACUCUAAUCGCCAAGAGCCAGGGCCUUUCUGAGAUCCAUUGCGGCCAAGCACCACAUCAAAUAAAACAGUCGUCCCCCCAAGCGCCGCGACCAUGGCUACCUCCACUGAACAGUAUCGCCAAUAUCCGCCGCCGCCGUCGAAUUAUCCGGCGCAGGAUCAUCAACAGCAGCAAUAUCAACAGACUGCCCCGGUCUCGCCGCGCAAAGGUUCGCAGAAUCCGCCUGCCCACAACCGAACGUUCAGCUUUCAUUCUCAAAAGUCGCAUAAGAGCUCUGGUAGCAAGGACUUGCAAGAAACCCACGCCGAGAAGGAAGCGAAGCGUUUACAUAGCAAAGCGGAUCCCACGUUAGCCAUAAGCGAAGCAGAGCCAUCUGCCAUCGCUGCCAUGAUGACCGAGUCGAGUUUCGCCCCUCUGCGGUCCAUGCAACACAAAGAUGCCUUCGGAAACUCUAUCGCGGAUCCCGACAAAUCGAACCCGACUCGAAACAGAUGGGAGCGCCCAUUAGACACUAUCCGUAGUUUCGAGGCCGCAAUCGAUGGUGGUUACUCACGCAAGUCUCUCUACCGAGCGGAAACGGAUUCACAGGCCAACUGGAACAGGCGGAAUAGUUCUUAUAACAGUCAGCCUCGCUUCCCUCGCGACAACUACUACAACAACCGCCCCGUUUCCUUUAGACCGGAGAAUCAAUUUGAGAAUGGGUCUACCCGAAGCAACUACUUUGAUGGGCAGGCUUAUAGCAAUGGCUUUGGCACUGGCCCAUCUCGGCAACGGAUGUCUAGAAUGCAGUCUGAGCCACAGUACCAGAGCGGCCACGAUCAGAAUAUCUAUCCUCUCCCCCACAAGGACCGAUCAUACGAGACGGUGACUUCUGCUGCGGGUAGUGGCAAUUCGGAUCACGCAGGCUAUCAGACAGACCCUACGAGCAGCGACAACAGCUCAAUUGAUCGGACGAUGCCGGCUAAGCGCCGCGAGCCCUUGAAUGAGCAUGCGUCCGGCUCAUAUCAGCCUCAGCAUCCAUACCAGUCACGCCCUUGGCCAGCAUCUGGUUCUGGUGUGAACAAUGAGGGACAACCUCAAGUACUACCACCUUCGCAUUCGCAGCCUCCUACGACACAGGCUCAGGCCUCAAUUCCACCGCAGAAACAGAAGAAUACCCUUUUGAGGAGGACAUCAACUCAACAGUCGGCACACCAACCUCAGCAAGCAGCUAACGGGGACAAGCGCAAGAGUUGGUUUUCUCGUAGGUUCAGCAAAAACUCUUGAAGAGCCAGCGGUUCAGUAAUGACUGUCAACGUUUGAAACGAACACGAAACAAACCUUAUUAUGCAACUACUUUCCUUUGUCGAUACCCGUUUUCUUUGAUAUUCGACGUCGAAUGGCACGAUCGAACAGGACUUGAAGCGCCUGUACUAUUCGACGGAUUUUGCGAUGGCCCCCAGGAGUAUGCUGCCAUGCCUCGUGCUUCGUCCCUCUUAUAGGGCAGAGCGGCAGAUACUGUUUAACUUGGGUCAAAUUGGUUUACAGUUGUGACGAUACGGUUUAUUUUUUCCCCCAUGGGAUAAGGCGAAGCACUUGAGUUUUAUUACGGAAUGGUACAUUAGCAAACGGAACUGUACGAGGCAUUGGCAGGGGUGGCCUUGUGUAGCCAACCCUUUUGGGGGUAUCCUUGAGGAGCAGGGCAGAGGAUGGAUCUACCACCACGAUCAUCAUUAAUUAUACUCACACUUGAGACGUACAUAGCAUAUACACGUGGCUGUAGAGGUCAUCCAGACAUGAUGGUCCGCCCAAACUAGCGAGGCAUGGUCAUGAAGAUGACCCGAGAAAAUAAUUGAGACGGUUGCCCCUGAGACUCUUCUUUUGCCGGAUAGAAAUUUAUGAAAGAGUGAAUCAACUUUAUAUAUGACGCUGUGUCUACUUGUCCUUCUUGCUCUCUGGCUUUUGUUUGUCCGACUGAUCCUCUUUCAUAGCUACAAUAAUGUAUCCCACAAGGACGACAUUGGCCAAGACAGCAGCCAAGCCACCAGCCAGAGAAGAGUUUCCUGUUUGUGAUUAGUCUCGAUGAUGACACGUCGGGGUAAAAAGAUAUACCACGAAAGACGGUAUUAACAGUGAGGAAAUAGGAACCAAUGGGGACCACAAUCAUGGCAAAAGUGAAUGCUAGAAGCUUGUAGAUAACUUGGCUGUCAAAAUUGUCAGUUUAGAUCGAUGCGAUCGAUGUAGUGUACAAGAUGCGAUAGGUGGCAAUAAUGGCGGUUUGAAUAAGGUAGAUGAAUAGAAAACUUACCUGGGAACGGCAGGAGCAGUACUAGAACUCUCAUCAAUGGGAUCAUCCUUAUCAAGGAAGGUCUUUUCAGUAGCA